UUGAUUUUUGUGUAGCCAAAUAUUUCCCGAAUAUCGAAUAUUGCACAGUAGAAAAACAUCCACAGCAAGCGUCAACAUCGCCGAUAUCGACCACCACGUGAGCCUCUGCGUUCAUAAUAGAACCGGAGCCGGAGCCCUUUAUGCUGUCCGUAGUUCGAGGGCGUUGGACCAACGGCGACGACAUGCCAGAAAUUAAUUUGCGCUACGCCAUAAUCCCAUUAUAUUUGGUUGGGAAAUUGUUUUGCCUGAACGCAUUUACAUAUAGCCCUGGCUGGGUUGAUCACAGCGCCAGCAAGGAUGACACCCGUUUGAGAGGCGAUUAUGACGAUGUCGAUGGUAAUCGAAGUGCUCCUCCUCGACGAAGCUUCGAAUGGACCAAAAACAGAACGGAAAGCAGAGCUAACAACGCUUUUGGGAAUGCAAACCAUUAUGACAACAUCUGUGUGGACAACCAUUAUCGGAACGGGAUUAUUACGGCAAGUGGUGACACUGUCCCCACCGCCCCCACCACCAACAAUCGCAGCAACAAGAAAAACAGCGUGGUAUUGUGGACGACCGCUUUACGCAACCAUAUGCAUCUGCUAAAACCGGGGUCCCAGAGGAGUCUGAAAUUUUCCAUCGCCGGCAUUGUGCACGUCGUGGCUUUCUGCACCGCUUACGGCUCAUAUCACGUUUACUCGACGCUCGAGUUAUUUUCGAAAACGAAACGCCCGGAACUGGUCCGGAUGGUAAUUGAUCUGAUCAAUCAGUACGCCGGAUGUUGCCUGGUGGUUACAUUAGUCAGCGCAGCUCUCGUCAAUCAGCACUCGCUAAUGAAGCUCAUUAACACACUGUUUGAGAUUGAUGAUCUUUUGAUGAGCCGAUUAAACAUUGCGGCCCGGAGUGGACGCUGGCUUCUACACAUAACAACAUUGUUCAUCGCCUCAAUAGUCAUUAAAUCUGUAAUCGGAACUGCAUUCUACUCAACAAGCGACGAGGACCCCAACACGUCAUCCAAUCUUCUGAUGUUUCGUCUCAUACCCAGAGUAAUGUGCCUCGUCAGUGAGCUGCAGUACAUUGCCUAUGUGCUGCUGAUCAAAGACCGCUAUGUCGCUCUGAAACAAACGCUAUCCAGAGGAACUGAAACGCCAUCAAAAGCCAACAACGGAACAGUCAAAUGGAAAGAAAACUCCCAAACUGCAAACCGAUUGGCAGAGACCCACCAUCCGAAGGGAUUCGCUGUACAUCAUGAUGGCACCUCGGUGGCAGCUGGCGGUGACUGUCUGCCGACGAAUGUCACCAAUCAAAGCAUGACGAGCAAAUUGGAUGGCUGCCAGCAUCGAUUGAACCUCCAAGCAGCAAGGACCAAUCAGCUGAGACACAUUUAUGAAAUCUAUCUCCGGCUCCGGCAGACGAUCCGACUGACAAACCGGUCGUUUGGGGUGCGAAAUUUAAUCUUGAUCCUGUACCAGUUUGUGACGGUAGUCCAGAUGGGCUACAUGGUUUGCAUGCUGUGGGUGAGAAAAAUUGAUGAUCCGGCGGACAAGCAGAACAAGGCAAACCUACUAGUGACCGUAGUAUUUGCUGGAUGCUUUCUUGCUGAAAUUUUAGCAAUCUGUGUAUAUAGUCAUGCUACAAUGAACGAGGAUUACGGCACCAGACAGCUCAUAUUCGCCAAUCUUCACAACGAAAUCGACGACACCGGAAGUGGUUUAUCAGCGGUAACAGUUUUCAAUCUACUUUGAAUGGCACUGUUGCUUUUACAAAUAACAUUUUUUUUUCGUUCCAUUCCCACCGACACAGAA